AUGGGCCGGAAAAGAAAGUCCACUCGACGUAUGAGGGAGUCUGAUGAUUCAGAGCAUAGUGAAUCAGGUUCACUAGUGCGAAGAAGGCAUAAGUCGCGACGACGCUAUAACAAGUCGCAAACUCGUGAUUCAUCGAGUGGCUCUGAUGUACCGCGACACUGUAGAGUAUCAAAGAAGCGCCGUAAAUCCAGGAGGUGUUCUGAAACGCCUCAAAGGCGUACUGUACCGCGGGGUCAUAAUGGUACCCCGGAUCCUGGCACAACUCAAAGGCGUAAUGUAUCACGGGGCCGUGAUGUUACUCGAGAUCCUGGCACGCCUCCAAGGCGUGAUGUAUUGCGAAACCAUGAAGAGUAUCAAAAUCCUGAGGAGCUGCAAAGUACACACCUUCUUCAAAAUGAAUAUGCAGCGGGGACGUCACAGCCUGCUACUAUACCAGCAGUAACACCAAACGUGAGUGCACCUCAAAUUAAUGUUAGUACUGACUUUAAUGCUAACGUUUUAGCCUUGGCCUUCAAGGAGCUUAUUCAGACCAUGAAAACAGAUGGGGAUGAUAGAUCAGUAAGAACUAGUGCAGAAGCAACACAAUUCACAGAACCUGAUAAACUAUUAGUCUAUUUAAGGAAUGUACGAUUAACUAGGAAGCCUGAGAAGCCAAGUCCAUCCAUGCAAGCAGUUGCCAAAGUUAAUGGUCAAAAUCUUGAUUGCUACGUUGAUUUUGGAAGCCAAUGUACCAUGUUAAGAGAAUCUUUUGCAAGAAAUUUUGUCAGUACUUGGUCAGUAUCAGAAUUACCAGUUAUAAGAGGAUUUGGAGAUAGUAUAGUGAAUUGUUUAGGCAAAUUUGUUGUUGAACUAGAGAUAGAUUCGGUCAAAGCUUCCGUAGAGGUACUUAUCGUACCAGACCAUCUAUUACAAGUACCUUUGUUAGUUGGGCAAACAUUUACGGAGCAGGAACACAUAGUUGUUUAUAAAAACAAAAAUCAAUUGAAAAUAUCCACUUACCCAACAACCAGUGUUCAAUUGUAUGUUAAAAAUUCAGUAACGGUAAAAGGAUUUACUGUCUUAGAUGUUUAUUCUAAACCAGAUUACACAGGUGACUUAUUUAUUGAACCGAGUCUUUGCCAAGACCCCCAAAACCCGUACGAAAUCUCACAGAGCAUAAUUCGCGUAACUAAUAGUCAUGGUAAUAUUGUUAUAAAGGGACUUGACCCUGAGUUUGUUUUAACGAAAGAUAUGUUGUUGCUUCGAGCAUUGCCUUUAACUGAAUUGAAAUUUGAGUCGCUAAAUGUUAGUAAAAUUGAACACUGCCCUGAUAAUAAUAAUAUAUUCAGAAUCGAAGCAGAGGCUAUACAAGUGGAUAAUUCAAUUGGUCCUGAUAACCCCGAUAACUUGUGGGACGAAUGUGUAUCUGAAAUUCAAUGGGGACUGAAUAAUACUCAGAAUAAGGGUACGGGAAAGAGCCCCGCACAGGCAUUAUUUGGUCUGGACUUGGUAGGUACGUCAGGCUCUUUAUUGCAACUUAGUGUUACAGAUAGUGCUGAUAAUGUUGAUACUCCUAUAGAAGACAUAAGGAGAGAGAUGACAGAGCAAAUAAGAGACAAUCAAGAUAAACAAAAGCAACGGUUUGACAAAAUUAGGAAGGAAGUUACAUAUAAUGUAGGUGACCUAGUCAGAAUAGAAAGAGAAAUUUCAUCAACCGGUAACAGUAGAAAAUUAAUCCCAAAACUUAGAGGUCCGUAUCGUAUAAAAGAAGUUUUAGAUAAUGAUCGUUAUGUUGUUGAAGAUACGCCAUUAUCCAGGAAGGGUAACAGAAAUUUUAGUAGCAUUUUCUCUGUAGACAAAAUUCACCCUUGGAUGGUUUUUAAUAGAGCAGACACAGAGUCUGAAACUUCAAAUAAUGAUGAUGCUGACGAGUUAGAAGUAAGA